UCUUUUUCCACUCUCAGGAUCCACGGAUCUGUUGACUGCCUGUCAGAGCUCUCCUCCUCACGCCUCAGUCAUCCUUUCAGCGGGACAAUGCGUCGCAGUUUCAGCACAUCAUCGGCCAUCGCCACCCCGAAGGAGACAAGCAGAAGAAGCCCUGCUACCAGAAGUCGCUCCAAUCCUCACCGUCGGCGCUGGAGCACUCUCAGCGGAGUUUCCGGGAGCACGGCAGGAUCCAACCCCUCAACUGGCUCUGAUGGACAGGUCAGCCUCCACGUGGGCAUGCAGGUGCUGCUCAGCAGUGCCAACGAGAUGGCGUUUAUCCGUUACUUGGGCACAGCAGACUUUGCCCCAGGCCUUUGGCUGGGUCUGGAGCUCCGAAGCCCAAAGGGCAAGAAUGACGGCUCUGUAGGCGGCCGCCGUUACUUCACCUGUCGAUCUGGCCAUGGCGUACUGGUCCGUCCCAGCCGUGUCACCUACCGCGGCAUCAACGGGUCACGCUUGGUGAAUGAAAACAGCUAAGGACUGUUUGAGCUGGGUUGGGGUGGAUUGGGAAGAAAAUUUGUGAUGUUACGACUUUCUGUUUCUGAUCUAUUCAAAGCAAAAGUUUUAGGUUUUCUUGUUCUUUUUUGCAUUGCGCAGUAUUUCUCAUUCAUAUAGUUAGUCCUCUAGACUCUUCCAGAGGUUACAGUAAUAAAACCACGUAUUAAUAGUUCAAAUUUAAACUACUAGAUUUACUUUUAGGAAAAAUAUAGGAGGCAAAGACAGCACUUUAUGAAAUAAACUUUUAAUUCUUAUUAGAAUUUGUCUCGGCAGGAUACAGGGAGGGAAAAAAGUCUUAAGACAUAAAACACUGCACUACUUUUAAUCUAAUUGCACUGAGAAACUAUAUCAAUCAAUACGAUAGAUCAGAAUAAGAUAAAAUGGAUGGUAUGGAUGUGCACACAUGAAAAACUAUUUCUAAUACCAAAAGCUAAUUUUGAUCACAUCAAGAAAAGAUUUUUAUCAGAUAAUUUAGGUGGUUAUGUAGCCUACUCUCUUAACCAAAAGUGUGCAUGUGUUGGUGAUAAUGUGCGCGUCUGCGUGUGCAUGUGUGUAUUAAUUAAGAGCACUUUGAAAUAAGAGAGAGAUUGAUCGUUUCAGGGUCGUCAUACGGCUCACAGAUAAAUGAUGGAAGUUGAGUCUAAACUGGAUUUUCACUUUAUGAAUCAGCGUGAAUUAAAAACGAUUUAAUUAAGCAGAGACCUCUGUGAACCUCCAUCAGAAUACAACUGCAUCAACAGAAGUAGUUUCCUCCUCUUACGUCCAUCAGUCUCCGCCACAGAGUGUCCAUUAACCCUACACAGAUGAAUAAUGGUUAUAUUGUGCUUUGGACAGCAAAAAAAUGACCUAUUGCUCAUUUGGCUAUGAUUCUGUUACCGUAAGCAGCAGAUUGUUAAUGUCGUUUAGGCAGUGAUGUCAGUUAGGAAUAACUCCUAUUCCAAAAAAAUUAGAACGCUGUAUAAAACGUAAAUAGAAACAGAAUUCAAUGAUUGGCAAAUCUGUUUUGGCCUAUAUUUAAUCAAAGAAAGUAUAAUGACAAGAUCUUAAAUAUUCAAACUGAUGAACUGAUUUAUUUUUUUUGUAAAUAUACAGUCAUUCUUACAGAGCCCCUAAAGGGACAUGGGGAGAAAAAGAAAGACAGGAAAAAAAAAAAAAACCUGGAAGGGAAAGAAAACCCCAUUUGGUUUGUAGUUACCAUGACAACGGAUCACAUGCACAACAGAAAGUAUCACAUGCGCACCAGAAACGUAUUACGUGCGCUGAUACUGUUUCUGGUGCGCACCUAAUACUUAAUGGUGCGCACAUUAUCUGUUGUCAUGGUAACCACAAACCAAAUGUUAUUUUUUUCCCCUACAUAUUUUUUUUUUCUGUCUGUUUUUUCUCCCCAUGUUUAAACCAGCAACCCGUUCCAAAAAUAAAUUUUAAAUGUGGACUCGUCAGACCCACAGCACACUUCGUAUCAGUCCAUCUCAGUGAAGUCGGCGAUGUCUCCAGAUGUUAUUUAAAUAUUACUUUCACUUUGGAAAACUAUUAUUAAUAAAUACAGUUUGUUGCUGCAUCUACAAAUGCAAGUUGAGAUGCACAAAGUGUUCCUGUGCCAAUGUAGUGGUGUGUUGUAUACAGUCUUGGCGGUUAUUAAAGCAGUGCGACCUAAAGGAUCAAAGGUCACAGGCAUUGGUUUUCAACCUUGCCCCUAAUGUGCAGAGAUUUCUCCAGAUUCUCUGAAUAUAUUGAUGAUUUUAUGGAUUUUGGAUGGUAAAUUUAUUAAAUUCUUAGCAAUGGUGGUUUAAGAAGCAUUGGUUAAACUGUUGGACUACUUCCUCGGGCAGUUUUUCACAAAGUAAGGAGACCCCUUUUAUACAAAAUCCUAACCAGUCUUUUGUUGCCUUUGUCCUAAAGUUUUUUGGAACAUGUUUCGAGCAUCAAAUUUAAAAUGAGUGCAUAUUUACAAAAAAAACCCAAAAAACAAACAACAACAAGGUUUAACAUUAUAUAUCUUGUCUUUGUACUCUUUCCAACUCAAUAUAGGUCAAAACUCAUUUGCAAACCAAUGCAUUCUGUUUUUAUUUAUGUUUUACACAGCAUCCCAACAGUUUUUGUUACACUGACUAUUAAAUAACACAUUAAUGGUUCUGCUUAUACAUGUAAUCCAGCUGGGAACACACAUGAGGAUUGAAAGCCAGAGUAUAAACCUGAUUUGUGUCUGGGGUUGAGGAUUCAAACUUCUUUCCUUAUCACUGAGCAUCAGAGCUGUCAGAGCUGUCACAAUAAUGUCACAUUUUCAGUUUUUACAACCUGAAUUUGGAAAUAUCUGAAUGUGACCCUGUAGUUUGAAAUGGCAACUGUGAUAUGAGACCUGACAGCUUUUCAGUACAGUUUGGUAUCAUUACAUUUUUUUAAGACCCGAUUGCGGAGUGGUGGAUGUGGCAUAAAAUGCAUUUGACGCUUAUUUAAGCAGCUUGACACAGAAAAUAUGCACUCAUCCAGAAGUUUCAAGGAUAGAGUUUGCUAUUUGAUUAAAGCCGUCUGGGCAACUCGGCAGAGAACAAGCUAUCGAUUUUGCAUGUGGAAAACAGGUCCACUAUUCAGCAAAACACUCAUGUACCAUCCAAUUAAGGUGUGUAGGCUACAACAAGAGCCGUAGAAUCUCCAAUGGCCUCCUCUCAUUGAUCCGUCUGCCCCCUGUGAUUGAAAAGCAGCGGUAUUCAGAGCCCAAGGUUGUCUGAAAUAUCUGCCACAGAUCCAACAAAUGAAAUGAGUGAGACUUUUUAAAAGAGCAGUCUCUCCAAAUUCCUACUGAAACAUUUGAUCCACACUUUCUUUAGAAAUAGCUUCUCAUUUGCAUUAAGGCGAUCUCUGUGAUCAUUUCUGUGGCAUUUGUUAGUGUUCCUCAUUCAGAUCUCAUCUUUGGAUAACUCACAUUUUGGUGUAUCCGCAGUCCCAGAUGUAUUACAGCAUGAGUGAUUUUUAAAUUCCACUGAUGGGUAUGAAAGUGUUUUGGCGCUCUGUUCUUGUGGGUAAUAGAUUGUUUUCCCAUAAAAUUUCUGAUAUGUAUUUGAAGUGUGAAUGGGUGAGAAAGGGAUUUGGU